GUCCGCCAGAAAUGCGAUAAGAACGACGUAGGACUGAUAUGCCUGAUCAGGCAGGGCCCCCGGCGCAUUUCCCCUGCAGAGUUGCUCCGGUUAUAAGCCCUUGCUGAUCCAGUCUACUAGGGGGGUACAAACCCCCGCUUCUUCAUCCCACAACCCCUCUGCAGAUCUGCCUUCAAUUCAACACGAUGGGCACUUCCGACGACGUUGUGACUCCUGUCGCGACUUCCCUCGACAAUAAUGGCUCCGAUAUUAUUCAGGUCCAGAAUGCCGAUGAAUUGCGAUUGGCCCAAAUGGGCCAUAAGCAAGAAUUGAAAAGACAUUUCUCGGUAUGGAGCUUGAUCGGCUUGGCUGCAAACUGUACCAUUUCCUGGACUGGUCUAGGUCUCGGUCUGAUUACAUCCAUCGAUGCGGGCGGUCCUGGUGCCUUGAUUUACGGGUUCAUCCUGGUCUUCAUCCUCCAAUGCUUUCUGGGAGCUUCCCUGGCGGAAUUCGUCUCGGCAUACCCUGUUGAAGGUGGGAUGUAUCACUGGAUUGCAGCGAUCGCUCCCAAGCGUUACAAUAGUCUUCUGAGCUUUGCAACUGGUUGGAGCACGGUGUUUGGAUGGAUUUUCACGACGGCCUCAACGAACCUCAUCUAUGCCUCUACUUUCAUCGCUCUUAUCGCGCUAUACAAGACUGAUAUGGUGCUCCAGCCCUGGAUGACCUUUGUGGCUUAUCAGGGCCUCAACAUCCUCACCGCGAGUGUGGUCAUGUUCGGUAAUCGCUUCAUUCCAAUGAUUAACAAAUUUUCGUUGGUUUAUCUCCAACUUGCAUGGUUUGUCACUAUGGUCACAGUGGCUGCGGCAGCUCCGAGCCAUAACCAUGAAAAGUUUGUUUUCCGGACUUGGAUGAACAAUACUGGCUGGGACAAUAAUGUGAUAUGCUUCAUUACUGGUCUUGUGAAUCCGCUGUACGCCCUCGGCGGACUGGAUGGAAUCACUCAUAUCACUGAGGAGAUGCCAAAUCCCGGAAAGAAUGCCCCUUUAGCCCUAGCCUGCACUCUGAGCAUCGCUUUCGUGACCGGUCUAUCUUACAUGCUCAGCCUCAUGUUCUCUGUACAAGACUAUGGAAGUUUGGCAGAUACUCCAACCGGCCUACCGUUGGCAGAAAUCUUUCGGCAAGCAACUCAAACACGAGGGGGUGCAUUUGGCCUAGUCUUCCUAGUGUGGGUGGCUCUAGGACCAUGCAUGCUUGGAGCUCAGCUCAGUACCGGAAGAAUUUUCUGGGCAUUUGCUCGAGAUGGCGGUCUUCCCUUCUCAGGAGUUUGGGCCAAGGUUAACGUGCGGCUGGGCUCUCCGUUCAAUGCGCAGCUGUGUGUGACUGUCAUCGUAUCACUGCUGGGUUGUAUCUACCUUGGCUCGAGUACGGCCUUCAAUGCUAUGAUGAGUUCCGCAGUAACGAUUAACAACAUUGCAUACCUGGUUCCAAUCCUGACGAACGUAAUCCUUGGCCGCAAGACAAUGCAUAAAGGGCCCUUUUUCAUGGGUUCUAUUGGCGGCAUGACGGUCAACAUCAUAACCAUUGCGUGGCUGGUGUUUGCCAUCGUGUUCUUUUCGUUCCCGUACUAUAUGCCAGUGACAAAAUCCAACAUGAAUUACACCUGUGCAUGCGUCGGGGGUUUCCUUGUCCUCGAGCUGAUGUGGUGGAUAGUUGCUGGAAAGCGGUACUCUAAGAGCAUGCAGAAGGCAAGGGAGGAAGAGCACAAUGCUGCCCGAGCUGUGAUUGUCAACCCACAGGACAAGACCUAGAUGUAUCGGCUACUCUGUACGAUUGAGAUGGAUUGGUCAAUCGGUCAAUCUCUCUGUGCCAUGGAUGGCCACUAGCUGUGUGAUUCCGAGG